UUUGGUUUCAGGUAGAAACCUAAACCAAUCCACCCCCUCGACGGGCACCCUCCGCCCACCAAACCAUAAUACACAGAGGAGCAAAGACGGAAGACUGCUCUCUGCCUGCGGUCUUGCCUUGCCAUGGAGAGCCUUAUCUACUCCAUCCCCAUCUCCAUCAAGCUCCAAUCUAAACCAUUUCUUCCUUCUCUCCCUCGCCUCUCUCCGUCCAACUUCGUCACCGCCGUCCACCCCAAACCAUGUGCUUGUCCGCCCUUGACUUGUGUUGACCCGCGCCGGUUUGACUGGAUCCGCUGCCGAUACGCAUCAUCUUAUUCGGAAGUGACGCCGAAAUUUCAGCAAACUCAAUCGGGUGAUGUUUCAAAGCGGGUCGAUUUGACCUGCGCUUCAAGACCCCAACAGGCUGCUGAACCUGUAUUCGACAAACAAAAGGUGGUGAGUGCAAUAAUCCUCCUUUCUGCUAUUUUCUUAGUUCUCGU